UAGCGAAAAAUAAUACAAAUCUCAGAGAGGCAUCGGCGGCUGUCUGGUGUAGUAGGAAUGGGUAACUUAAACUGUGCUGUUCUCCCACACUCUCUGCCAGCACUAUUAUUGUUCUUAUUAUCCUUUAUAUUCGGACUGUCGCUUAGCACGGAGCUGGAUUUUGUGACCUGCGGAUCAGUCAUUAAAUUGUUAAAUAUAAAGCACAAUGUGAGACUACACUCGCACGACGUACGCUACGGUUCCGGUAGUGGACAGCAGUCUGUAACAGGGGUGACUGCAGUGGAAGACAGCAACAGCUACUGGAGUGUUCGAGGGACAAGUGACGCCUUGUGCCAUCGAGGUACCCCGGUCAAGUGUGGGCAGACGAUCCGCCUCACCCAUGUCAACACAGGCCGUAACCUGCACAGCCACUACUUCGCCUCACCGCUGUCCUCCAACCAGGAGGUGAGUGCAUUCGGCGACGAAGGAGAAGGGGAUCACCUGGACGAGUGGACGGUUCAAUGUGGGGGAUCUGUAUGGAAGCGCGAGGAGGCCGUCCGCUUCCGCCACAAGGCCACUGAUGCUCUGCUGUCUGUGACGGGGGAGCAGUAUGGACGGCCGAUCCACGGUCAGAGGGAAGUUCACGCCAUGUCGAACCCCAGCCAGCACAGCCUGUGGAAGGCCAUGGAGGGCAUCUUUAUGAAGCCCAGUGAGAGCCCGGUGGGCAGCCGCGACUACGGUCACCCACACACAGAGUUCUGACCUCGAUUUUUCUUCUCUGCUUUUGUCACUAUGUCUCUGUGUACCCCUGUAUUCCUACCUCUGUCCCUAAUUACGCCUGUACCAGCAGCCUCUAUUCCUAGCCCCCUUCUCCUGUCUCAUUUCCCUCUCAUCAACCUUUGACUGUCAUCUUUUGAGGAGACUGUGCCAAAGUCUGUCACAAAUCAGGGUACAAUAACUUCAUCUUAUCAAUCUUUAACAAUGUCUCUCACAUUCAUUGUGUUGUAGGAAACACUACUUGAAUCCUCAGAGAUCCAGCAGCUACACUCAGACAGCUAACAAUAUUUAAAUAGCAUCAUUGUUUGCCUUAAUGGGUACAAAAACACAUAAAUGUAUGAAAAAUGCUGUUUUACAGUAUAAAUAAUACUCUUUAUUACAGUUUAUGACACUUUACAUCCAAGAAGAGGUGGUCCUCUCAGCUGUUAUUUAUUGUUAAAUGACUGCCAUUAGCAGUGACGCUACAACAAAGACGGCAGUGCAUGUUUUGCAGAUCAGUCAAUUUAAGUCAUCAAGUGAGUCUUGUGUUUUGUUGGACUAAAAAAAAAACAUUGUUACACUUGUGCCUUUUAUCCUUUUUAAGAAGUAGUAGGUGUUUACAUUGUUGAGCCUUUUAAACUUUUGGAAACACAAGAAUUUUAUUGUGUUUUUAUGGUAUUUGUAAGCCAUAUUCUACUCAACCAACGGAUAAGCAGAGUUACUAUGGUAAAUUACCUUUUUUUCCCCCUUUAGGUCAGACUCAGUGUUGCAUAUAAAGUAUCCCACACUAUCUGAUAUGAGAGAAUAAGCAGCUUUUUUAAAUGUAUAUCAUUGAACUAGAUGCUGUUUGAUCAGUUUCCAAGUGCUGGGAGAAAGUACAGUGUUUUACAGUCAUGCUGUCUGUGCAUGCAUAUGUGUUAGAGAAACUCUUUGUUCCAGAGGUUCAUAUGAGCUACAAACAUGCAAUGGAUACCUCAUAUUAAAUACAUUUUUUAUGCAUAA